GGCCGCGCAGUCUCCGCCUGGCGUUCCUCGCAGUCCCUGCAGUCAGCCUCGCGCCGCUUCCGUCGUCGGAGCUGUUACGUUUCUACUGCACGCCGGAAAGAGAACCCGCGAGCGCUUUGGGGAUUAUGGCGGCCGUGGAUAUCCGAGAUAAUCUGCUGGGAAUCUCUUGGGUUGACAGUUCCUGGAUCCCCAUUUUGAACAGUGGAAGUGUCCUGGAUUACUUUUCAGAAAGAAGUAAUCCUUUCUACGACAGGACAUGUAAUAAUGAAGUGGUCAAAAUGCAGAGGCUUACAUUAGAACACUUAAAUCAAAUGGUUGGAGUGGAAUACAUCCUUCUACACGCUCAAGAGCCCAUUCUUUUUAUCAUUCGGAAGCAACAGCGGCAGUCCCCUACCCAAGUUAUCCCACUGGCUGAUUACUAUAUCAUUGCUGGAGUGAUCUAUCAGGCACCAGACUUGGGGUCAGUUAUAAACUCUAGGGUGCUCACUGCAGUGCAUGGCAUUCAGUCAGCUUUUGAUGAAGCUAUGUCCUACUGUCGAUAUCAUCCUUCCAAAGGUUAUUGGUGGCACUUCAAAGAUCAUGAAGAACAAGAUAAAGUCAAACCUAAAGCCAAAAGGAAAGAGGAACCAAGCUCUAUUUUUCAGAGACAACGUGUGGAUGCUUUGCUCCUGGACCUUAGGCAGAAAUUUCCACCCAAAUUUGUGCAGCAAAAGUCUGGAGAAAAGCCUGUCCCAGUGGAUCAGACAAAGAAAGAGGCAGAACCUAUACCAGAAACUGUAAAAUCUGAGGAAAAGGAGACCACGAAGAACGUCCAACAGAUAGUGAGCACUAAAGGCCCCCCGGAAAAACGAAUGAGGCUUCAGUGAGUACUGGUCAGAGAGAGAAGCUUGCAAGACUCCUCUUGUCCAUUAUUGAUACCUCAUUACCGUGACAGGCUCUUGAACUUUAAAAUUCUUUGUCACGACCCUUCCAUUUGUACAGAAUGUGCUUGUUCUUUAAGAAGGAUGUAAGGAUCCUCAUGCUUUUGAUAAAUAUUUUUUAUGUAUCUUUUGUAACCUUUCCCCUACUAGACUUGAGCAGCUUCCUUACUCAAAUGUAUACUGCUAUAUAUACAUCUAAAAACAAAAUAAAAGUAUUUGUAUAAAUCGCUUUAUCAUGACUUUUUUCCCUUAUUUCUCUCGCUGAAAUAUUUUCACAUGCACUUUGUAAACACGAAGGAUUAAUGUGAAAGGAGUAACUAAGCUU